AUGGGCAACAGAGACACAUCUAACAUGAAACCCAACAUUGGUGUCUACACGAACCCAGCCCAUGACCUCUGGGGUGCCCCAGCAGAACCAGACGUCGAACAUGUGCUUGAUGGCUCAACGCUCAAACCGGGCGAGGUGACCAUCGAAAUCAAGAAUACAGGCAUCUGCGGAUCAGAUAUCCACUUCCUAACCCAUGGCCGCAUCGGUCCCAUGAUCGUAACCUCGGACCACAUCCUCGGCCACGAAUCCGCCGGCACCAUCCUCGCCAUCCACCCCAACACCAUCACGACUCUCAAACCCGGCGAUCGCGUUGCCAUUGAGCCCCAAAUCCCCUGCCACUCCUGCACCCCCUGUCUCCACGGCCGCUAUAACGGCUGUGAAAAUGUCUCCUUCCUGAGUACACCCCCCGUCCCGGGCUUGCUGAGACGCUACAUCACCCACCCAGCCAUGUGGUGCCACAAGCUCCCUGACAGUCUGUCAUUCGAGGAGGGCGCGAUGCUGGAACCACUUUCCGUGGCGCUCUAUGCCGUCGAGAAAUCCGGAUUGAGGCUCGGUGAUCCAGUUUUGAUCUGUGGCGCUGGCCCCAUCGGGCUGGUGACGCUGCUAUGCGCCAGAGCGGCAGGGGCUCACCCCAUCAUCAUCACAGAUCUAGAUGCGGGGCGUCUAUCCGCGGCGAACAAGUUCGUCCCGUCUUGCAAGACCUUCCUGAUUCCCCAAUCCGGCAACCAGACACCCGAGGAUAUCGCAACGCAAAUCGUACAAGACUUAGGCAUCGAGCCCUCCGUAGCCAUCGAAUGCACAGGCUCCCAACCCUCCAUCGCGACUGCCAUCUUCGCCGUCAGAUUCGGCGGGGCCGUCUUCGCGAUCGGGGUAGGGAAAUCGGAGCUGGAGCUUCCAUAUAUGCGCCUCAGCACGCGGGAGGUAGAGUUGAAGUUUCAGUAUCGCUAUGCUAAUACGUGGCCAAGGGCUAUUCGGAUCAUGGAGGGUGGGUUGGUGGAUUUGAAGCCGUUGGUCACGCAUCGGUUUGGCGUGGAGGAUGUACAGGAGGCUUUUGGGGUGGCGGGUGAUAGGGCGAGUGGGGCGCUGAAGGUUAUGGUUGAGAUGUAA